AUGGAAGAAUCCUCUUAUGAAAUCAGAGCCCCGCUAAUAUCAAAACUUCAUGAGGAAAAUCAAGACUAUAGCCCUGUAUCUGAGGUCAACGAGUUGCCUGAACCUGAAGAAAACUCGCCAAUCCAACAGGUGGCUCUCACCGUUCCGACUACUGAUGAUCCAUCUCUACCAGUACUCACCUUUCGAAUGUGGGUGUUGGGGACUGUCUCAUGUGUCCUGUUAUCGUUCCUCAACCAGUUUUUCUGGUACCGGACCGAGCCUUUGUCCAUCACUGCUAUCUCUGCUCAGAUUGCAGUAGUUCCUUUAGGCCAACUCAUGGCUGCAAAGAUCACAGACCGUGUAUUUUUCAAAGGAACGCGAUGGGAAUUUACGAUGAAUCCAGGUCCAUUCAACGUAAAAGAACAUGUUCUUAUCACCAUAUUUGCGAAUUCAGGAGCUGGCACAGUCUAUGCCAUUCAUGUUGUUACUGCUGUUAAGAUCUUCUAUAAGAAGCAUAUUACCUUCUUCGUUUCUCUGAUUGUUAUCAUUACGACACAGGUGUUGGGAUUUGGAUGGGCUGGUAUUUUCAGAAGGUAUCUUGUGGAGCCAGCAGCUAUGUGGUGGCCAGCCAAUCUAGUCCAAGUCUCCUUGUUCAGAGCUCUGCACGAGAUAGAAAAACGACCCAAGGGUGGAGUAACGCGAACUCAGUUUUUCAUAAUUGCCUUCAUCUGCAGUUUUGCUUACUACAUAUUCCCUGGUUAUCUCUUUCAAAUGUUAACCUCCCUAUCAUGGAUUUGUUGGAUCUUUCCCAAAUCAACCCUAGCCCAACAAAUUGGCUCAGGUCUUAAAGGGCUCGGUAUAGGAGCUGUUGGACUGGACUGGUCCACUAUUUCAUCCUACCUUGGAAGUCCGUUAGCGAGCCCGUGGUUUGCCACUGCCAAUGUAGCUGCUGGAUUUUUCCUUGUUAUGUAUGUCGUGACACCCUUGAGCUACUGGUUCAACGUUUACAAAGCCAAAACAUUCCCAAUAUUUUCGGAUGAUCUCUUCACCAGCUCCGGUCAGAUUUACAACAUUUCGAGCAUAAUUGACUCUAAUUUCCACCUCGAUACAGCAGCCUACAAUCAAGAAGGACCUCUUUACCUCAGCACAUUCUUUGCCAUGACUUAUGGUGUUGGCUUUGCUGCACUCAGUGCUACAGUCGUGCACGUGCUUCUGUUCCAUGGAAGAGAGAUAUGGGAGCAAAGCAAGUCUAGCUUUAAAGAGAAAAAGAUGGACAUACACACAAAACUUAUGAGCAAAUACAAUCAAGUUCCUGAAUGGUGGUUUUGGUGCAUCCUUGUGGCAAAUAUUGCACUCACUAUCUUCGCGUGUGAAUAUUACAAGGAGCAACUUCAGCUGCCAUGGUGGGGUGUUAUACUAGCUUGUUUUAUCGCCAUUUUCUUCACUCUCCCGAUUGGUAUCAUUACUGCCAUCACUAACCAAUCACCGGGGUUGAACAUCAUCACCGAGUAUAUAAUUGGAUAUAUUUAUCCUGGAUAUCCAGUAGCUAACAUGUGCUUCAAAGUUUACGGUUACAUAAGUAUGACACAAGCUAUUGCUUUCCUCCAAGACUUCAAGCUUGGUCACUAUAUGAAAAUUCCUCCAAGAACAAUGUUCAUGGCACAGGUAGUAGGGACAGUUAUAGCUUGUUUAGUGUACUUGGGAACUGCAUGGUGGUUAAUGGAAACAAUCCCUGGUAUCUGUGAAACGGCAUCCUCUGAUAGUGUGUGGACUUGCCCAGGCCCUCGAAAGAUUUUUGGAGAUGAAGGGACUUAUGGAUUGGUGAACUGGUUCUUCCUUGUUGGAGCCAUAGCUCCUCUGCUAGUUUGGUUUGCUACAAAGGCCUUCCCGAAUCAAGAGUGGAUUAGACUCAUCAACAUGCCAGUUCUGAUAGGCGCCUGUGGACAGAUGCCACCGGCAACUGCAGUUAAUUACAUAACCUGGAUCAUUGUAGGUUUCCUAUCUGGCUAUGUUGUGUACAGAUAUCGACCAGACUUGUGGCAGCGUCACAAUUAUGUCCUUUCGGGCGCCCUAGAUGCUGGUCUAGCGUUUAUGGGCGUUCUCUUGUACCUCUGCUUGGGCUUGGAAAACAUCAAUAUCGACUGGUGGGGAAAUGAUCUUGAUGGAUGUCCAUAUGCGUCCUGCCCUACAGCCAAAGGGAUUGCCUUUGAAAGCUGCCCUGUUAUAUCGUAA